CUGGUGUCCCACAUAGCGGUCGCGCGUGGGGACCUGCCUGACGUCUUCCACCCACGGCACACCACUCGAACCACUCGGACCGUGCCGAUCACCUAUGAGACGAGCCACCAUCAGAUGCAAAUUCAGUCGGCCGCCAGGAGUGCUCUGAAAGCUUGACGUCCCCAUCCAUCCAUGCUGCCGUUCCUGGGACGGCCCAUGUCCAGAAGACUCUCGAGCUGGGAGUAAAUAGAUAUGGGUCUUGUCUGUCGAUUGUAUUCUCCGCUCGUCCUGCGGUUUCCUUCUCUGUACCAGAUUUGCCGUCGGAUUUACUGCUCGAUUCGCACUGUACCGCGACUAUGCCUACCGAAUCCACUUAUCCAACCAUUGACAUCCCAAAUCUCGAUCUGUGGGGCUUUCUUUUCAAUCGCAAGGACAAGCCUUUUCCGGAUGAUAAGGUCAUCUACCGCGAUCCUGAAACCUCCCGCUUCUACACGUACGCCCAAACCCGCGAUGCAGCCAUCACUUUUGGGAGGGGGCUUAAAGCCCAGUGGCGCUGGAAAAAGGGGGACGUCCUCGCUUUGUACACUCCCAAUUGCAUCGACACUCCCGCUGUAACAUGGGGUGUGCAUUGGGCCGGUGGCAUCCUGACGCCUGCGAAUCCGGGAUAUACUGUCGAUGAAUUGGCAUUCCAGCUUCACGACUCAAAAGCUAGUGCUAUAGUCACUCAGAAGCCGUUCCUUAAGCAGGCAUGUGCAGCAGCAAGAAAGGCAGGGAUCUCGGAAAAUAGGGUCGUCUUGAUGGGCGAUGAGAGAGAUGAGACCGGCCGCAUCAAGCACUUCGUGGACAUCAGGUGCACCAGGGGUAUGAAUCGUUAUCGAAAAUGCAAGAUCAAUCCUAAGAAGGACUUGGUGUUUUUGGUAUACAGCUCUGGUACCACGGGACUCCCUAAAGGCGUCAUGCUCUCACACGAGAAUAUAGUCGCCAACACCAUGAUGAACCAAGUUGGCGAGGGAAAGAACCUCAGCUGGACCGGUGGAUUCAACAACGGCGGGGAUAAAAUCCUAGCCUUCGUCCCGUUCUUUCACAUAUACGGCCUAACCUGCCUAAUCCACCACAGCCUCUACUCCGGCCUCGAGCUCGUCGUCAUGGCCAAAUUCGACCUUGAUCGCUUCUGCCAGCACGUCCAAGCCCACAAAAUCACCUACACGUACGCAGUUCCCCCCGUGAUUCUUAUGCUCGGCAAAUCCCCCGUCGUCGACAAGUACGACCUCUCCAGCCUGCGCAUGCUGAAGUCCGGUGCUGCUCCUUUGACAAAGGACCUUACCGACGCCGUCUACAAGCGUCUCGGGGUUCCAAUCAAACAGGGCUAUGGCCUCAGCGAGACGAGUCCCACCACGCAUACGCAAAGGUGGGAGGAUUGGCACGUGCAUAUUGGGUCGGUGGGACGGCUCCUACCGAAUCAGACGGCUAAGUAUAUUGAUGAUUUCGAGAUCGAAGUGCCGUUUGGACAAACUGGCGAACUCUGCAUCAAGGGGCCGAACGUGUUCCAAGGGUAUCUCAAUAAUCCAGGCAGCACCAAGAACGCGUUCACUCGCGAUGGCUACUUCAAAACUGGCGAUGUCGGGCAUCAAGAUAAAGAUGGGAACUUCUAUAUCACAGACCGCGUUAAGGAACUUAUCAAAUACAAAGGCUUCCAGGUCCCGCCCGCAGAACUGGAGGGCAUCCUCCUUGGAAACGAGGAUGUCGAGGAUGUGGCUGUGAUUGGUAUCUACGAGGAAGAGCGCGCGACUGAGGUCCCCCGUGCCUACAUCGUCCUCAAGCCCACUCUCCCACCUUCCCCGGAAAGCGCCACCCGUAUCAGCGACUGGCUCACUGCGCGCGUCGCAAACCACAAACGCCUGCGCGGGGGCAUACGUUUCAUGUCCCAGAUCCCGAAAUCCACCUCUGGUAAAAUCCUCCGCCGCGUGCUGAAAGACAGCCACGCUAAGGAAAUUGAAUCCGCACUGUCCCAAAACAAGAAAGUCAACAUGGAUUUGGAACGGUACCUGGAGCCAGCCGAUGGUACGAGACUUAGGAGUUCGAGUGUCACGGUGAGACCGGCGCCGAGACCGGUCUAUGGGAGGCUGAGGAGUAGUUCUAUGGUCGUGCGGCGGACGACGCAGAAUAUCGUGGGCCCGACUCUGGUGGGGAGGGUCUCGGGUGGUUUUGAGGCGCUGAAGUUGGAGAGGAGCCGGAGUCUGGUUGUGAAAAGGCCAACUUUAGUUGAGACUUGAGGGGGUUCGUGACUCAAUGGGGAGUUUUAGUGAGCGGGUAUAUAUGAUUGUAAUUGUGCAGUGUUGAGGAGGGAGAUGCGUUAUGGCUUUGUAAUGUUGUAUUCGUGCUUAAUGUGUAUUAUUUGUGCGUUUAAGAGAGUAGAGUGCCGCAAGGGAUGUUUCGAUGAGUUGGUCAUAAUCGUUUGAUUUCUGAGUACUUUAAUUGGGCGUCGUUGAUAGCGGCAAUAUACAACAGAUUGCUCGAG